AUGAAGUUGCUUCAAAUAUUCUCCAUUAUAAGUGUGUCUGCUACUAACCUCUUUAGUGAUGGGAGUUUCGCUAUAUAUUGCUUUUACGCUAAAGAAUUGUUACAUGUAAAUGGCCAUAUAAUAUUUUUGUGAUGAUUUUCGUUCCUGCUUUGCUGUGGCUACUUCAAUAUUGGAUAGUUGGCCUCUUGUUGGUGUUUGUUAGGAGAAUGUGUACUUGUGUAUUGUGUAUAAGCAUGAUUGCUUUGAAGCUUGAUCUACCGUUAGUUCAUCAUAUGAGUAACACAUACAUUCCAGGUGUAUCCAGUUGCUAUGUUUUUAAGAGCCUGUUGCAAGAGUUCGCUCAGAAAGUAAAGCUUCCUAAUCCUACCUAUAACACAAUCAAGGAAGGCCCAUCUCAUGAGCCUUCAUUCAGAUCGACUGUGAUUGUGAAUGAUGUUACGUAUGAAUCUCUUCCUGGAUUUUUCAGUCGAAGGGAUGCUGAGCAGUCUGCUGCGGAAGUUGCUCUUAAAGCACUUUCUAAUUCUGGGACCAUGGGUGAAUGCAUUUCUCAACCAGUGCAUGAUACAGGUUUAUGCAAGAAUUUGCUGCAAGCAUAUGCACAGAAGAUGAGUUUUGCGAUUCCGUCAUACUUAUGCACGAAGGAUGAGAGAUCAUGCAAUUUUUCGUGUACUGUUAGUAUUGGUGGUAUCAAAUAUAUUGGUGGUGCAGCAAGAUCAAAAAAGGAAGCAGAACUCAAAGCUGCGAGAACUGCUUUAUUGGCUAUACAGUCUGAUCCUACAACGUCUAGUAUGGAGGUCAAUACAAGCUCUAGUACAUACACGGUUGUACCAGGCAAAAAGAAGGUGUCAGAUUCAGUUAUAAAGGCCCAGGAGACAGCAGCAGCACUAAAACCAAAGAAAGGCCGUUACAAGAAAAGGCAACGAAAGAGACAUUAUAGAGAUAGAAAUGACCAAAAUGCAAAUAAUAAUGUCAAUGUUAAUAUUGAUGACCAGGUAGCACCAGAUACAGUCAAUAGCGGUGUUAUAGUAGCUGAUACAAUAGAUACAGGAUUUACUCCGGAAGGAGAGAUCCACGAGAAAAUAUCAGAGUUCAGUGGGGGAGAUCAGUUGGUUGAUGGAAUAUCAAUCCAGUGCAGUGGUGGAGAUUUUUUAGAAAGUCAUGCAACAGCCCUUGAUUUUCACCAGAGUGUGCAUGGAGGUUCUAGUCUUGAACAUACAUCCAUGCCCACAUCUUAGAGAGUUUUAAUGGGUUACAUCAAACAUUUAUAUUAUGGGGGUCACAGAGUUGAGAUUGUAUCUGGAUUAGCAUAUUUCGUAGUAAUAUGAUAAAUUUGAUAGCUAUGAAGGCAGCUGUGAAGGCAGUGGGUCACUGGCUGGCUCACUGCUGUAGCUGUGUUUAUUAUCUUUUUCUUAUAUUGUUCAGACAAAAUUUUCUGGCAGAUUUAGCAAAUAGCAAGUGACCUUGUGGAAACGAAACUGGUUGGGA